AAGAGGCCCCUUCCUUCCAAUGAAUCCGAGGAUCAAAACGACGUCGAUCCAUUUUUCCCGAUUUACUCAUCCGCCAGAUCGCAGCUAGACAUGUCCGCCAUGGUCACCGCCCUCUCUCAGGUUCUCGGUUACACCGGCGAGAACCCACCAGAGUCCACCUUCGACACUUCUCCGCCACUGCCUCAUCUUCACUCAUCAACCGAACCCCAAACUCAGCCCGUUCAAGAACAAGGGAGCACUCAAAAUCCAAGGAGGAGGAACUACAGAGGGGUCCGACAGCGGCCGUGGGGGAAAUGGGCGGCGGAGAUUCGCGACCCGAAGAAGGCCGCGCGCGUGUGGCUCGGCACAUUCGACUCCGCGGAGGCCGCAGCCCUGGCCUACGACGAGGCUGCGCUAAGGUUCAAAGGAAAUAAGGCCAAGCUCAACUUCCCCGAGAGGGUUCAAGGCCGGACUGAAUUCGGCUACCUAACAACCGGGCGCGGCGCCAUGCCUACUCAGACUCAAACUCAAACUCAAACUCAAACUCAAACCCGAGCUCCUCCGAACCAAGAGAACUACCUCAACGUUCAUCACUACGAGGAACUUCUUCGCGGCGACUACAUCAAUAGCAGCUAUGGCUAUGGGAACUCAUCAUCAUCAUCUUCCUCACAAGGGGUUUAUGGAGGAGGGCUGCCUUUUGUUUCGAUUCCGAUGGCGGCUUCUUCGUCUUCGCUUGCGCAUGGUCAGGAAGAUGAGCAGAGAGAGCAAGAUUGUGUGGGGUUUCAGUCGCACUUCGGGUCUAACUCGGGCUCUGCUGAAAACUGGGAGGAAUAUGAAACCAAGAAUACAAGGAGUUACUGUUUCUUUUGAGGAAAUUAAUGCGUGUCGAAUUUUGAUUUCUCAUCCCACACACGGGAAUAGUAAGGACUACCUAACUUCAUUAGUAUGAAGUGUUUUGGAAGUGUUUCAAGAACAAAACCGUGAGGACUUAAUGCAAAAAAAUAGACAAUGUCAUACUAAUGUGAGUUCGGAUGUGCAUCGACCAACGCUCACACUCACAGUGUAUUCGCCAGUGUAUCCGAGUUUCUUAUAUAUAGGGUAUUUCACAAGAUAUCUCUUACCUAUUCCUUUUUUGUGUUUUUAUUUUAUGUUUUUGGUUUUGGGGGAUAUCUUGUAAUGUCAUAACGUGUCGUUAUAUGUAACACGUAGAAUUUCAG